UUUGACUUCAUAAUUGCUGUAUAGUUUAUAAAAAAAUAUUGUGAGGAAACUCCCAUACCAAAACCAAAACACAGAAUGACAAGCCUUACAACGAAGCAACACUUUAAACAUUGUGCAAAAGUUAUGCACCUUAAAAAUUCAAAUAAAUACUACUUGCAAUGAGUAAACGCUCGUUAAAUUGCUUAUUUGGCUGUUUGGCUGCUAAUUCUCGAUAUUGUCGAAACUACAGUUACAAAGCAGUGCGUCGACCGGAUACUGCAAUAUUAUCCCGCAAAUUGACAGCGCCACAGGUGGAGUCAAAACCAGAUGAACUUCAAGCACCAAAUGAUUUAACUAAACAUUUAAGAGCAAAAAUAUUGGCAACAGGACCGAUUACAGUAGCGGAGUAUAUGCGCGAAGUGCUAACCAAUCCCUUAAGUGGAUAUUACAUGAAUCGAGAUGUUUUCGGACGCGAAGGAGAUUUCAUCACAUCACCGGAAAUUUGCCAAAUUUUCGGCGAGCUAGUGGCUGUUUGGGUCGUAAGUGAGUGGCGAAAACUGGGUAGUCCAACUCCAUUUCAAGUUGUUGAGCUUGGGCCUGGUCGGGGUACAUUGGCACGCGAUGUUCUAAAAGUCUUGACACAAUUUAAACUCGCCGGACAAUUUUCUAUGCAUAUGGUGGAGAUAAGUCCCUAUUUAAGCAAAGUGCAAGCUCAACGUCUUUGUUUUAGCAGCGAGAUUGUAAACGACGAAAAUUCUUCUCACUACUUGACAGGUAAAACAGCAACUGGUACGAAAGUAUUCUGGCACAAGCGAUUGGAGGAUGUCCCAAACGCAUUUUCCAUAAUAUUGGCACACGAAUUCUUCGAUGCUUUACCAGUGCAUAAACUACAACGAGAUGAAAAAUAUUGGAAGGAAGUCUUAAUUGAUGUCAAUGACAGUAAUGGCAACGAUUUCGAUAAUAAACAACAGUUUCGUUAUGUAAUCUCAAAAUCUCAGACCCCAGUAUCACAUUUGUUCACGUCAAUUACUGGAGAGACACGUGAUUGCCUUGAGUAUUCAUUAGAUACAGAUCGUAUUAUUAAUAUCAUAGCGAAUAGGUUUGAGAGUGAUGGUGGUAUUGCGUUAAUAAUGGAUUAUGGUCAUUUUGGUGAAAAAGGAGACACAUUCAGAGCUUUUAAAAGUCAUCAACUACAUGAACCACUACUAGCUCCUGGCACAGCGGAUUUAACGGCUGAUGUAGACUUUAGACAAAUUAAACGCGUUGCAGAAGAAAAUGGCAAAGUACUUUGUUUUGGGCCUGUUGAGCAAGGCUGCUUCUUAAAAAAUAUGGAAGGCGAGGCUCGUCUUGAGAAAUUGCUUUCAAAUGCUUUGCCUGAAAAUCGUGAUGCCAUUAGAAGUGGUUAUAAAAUGUUGACAGAUCCGGAACAGAUGGGCAGACGUUUUAAAUUCUUUUCGAUAUUUCCAGCCGUAUUGAAAGAACACCUUAAAAAAUUUCCAAUCAGUGGCUUUUAUUAAUAUGUAAACAAUUAUAUUCAGAGUUUGUUUAAAUAAUAGAUAUAUUAGAUAAUUUAUUAAA